CCUUUGGAUGUGUUUGUGUUUCUGCAGGUCUGCUGCCGUCUCUGCUGGGCACAUCCAGUAACCCCUCCCUUCAGUCGUCGCUUAGCAACCCCAACAUCCAAUCAUCUCUCAGCGCUCACUCGUUCCACAACUUGCUGAGCUCCGCCUCCUUGCACUCGUCCUUGAGCAACCCCUCCCUCCAGUCUUCGUUAAGCUCCUCCCCCUCGCUGAGGUCAUCGCUCAGCAGCCAGUCGCUGCAGUCGUGGCUCAGUAACUCCUCCCUCAGUGGCUCCUCCUCUGCUCUGCAGCCGCAGACGAGCUCAUCCCCGCGCAGACGAGCGCAGCUGACCCCGGUGAUCCUGCCUGCAGACACACGCAGACAUCACCCCAAACAGUUCUCCCCCACCUCCUCAUCCCUCAGCUCCAUCACGCAGGGUGUGGCUCUGGACACCAGCAGGCUGCAGGUGGAUCAGAGGUCGUCUCCGUAUUCUUUUGCCCAGCAGCAGCAGGUUCAGAAGGGUCUGGGUCUUCACCUGCACAACAUGCAGAACCUGCCAAUGAAGCGGUCGAGCCCCGGUCAGAACCAGAACCCCAGCCCCGUGAGUUACAGGCCUGCAGACGCCUCGCAGACGCUCCCUCCUCUGCAGCAGAUCAGUCCGGCUCUCAGCGGAGAUCUGGACCUGUACAGCGACACAAUGCUCCUGAACUCACUGCUGGACGACCCAUACCUCGGCCUGCAGAUACGCCAGAACCAACAGUUGAGUGUGGACUCUCAGCUGGAGGCUGUGAAUCAUGACGGUGGUUCUGCUGUGGUUCUGAAGGCUCAGAGCGGCUCGUAUCAGGGUCAGCCGGCGCCGAUGGAGCUGCUGGACUCCUCGGAACAACAGAUGAUCAACCAGAACCAGAGCCAGAGCUACACAGACGGGCGGCACCCUGUGCCCAACAUCAUCCUGACCGGAGAUUCCUCAGGACUGUCUAAGGAGAUCACGAGCGCGCUGUCGUGUGUCCCGGGCUUCGAGAUGGACCCGUUCUCGUCUGACAACCCGCUGGCGCUGGGGGGUCUGGGCAUGCUGACAGACGGUGACCUGAUGCUGGCUGACCCCGCCGUGGAGGACUCCUUCCGCUCUGACCACCUCAAGUGACUCGAGAACACACGCUUGAACCCUGAGCUUCUGCCCUUUAACGCUGCGCUUCUCAGACGAUCAAAGCCGCACCGGCCACUUCCUGUUACAGAUGACCAAUCACAGCCUUGUGCCUCCACCGAUCGCUGCUCAGUCCCAGCAUGCACUGCACCGCACCAGGUUAAUGCAGAACCCACUCGUGCGCUUAAAAGUCGCUGUUUCGCUCGGAUGUGACGAGUGAGACACUUCAUUUGAGCUGUUUGAUGUCUCAGCCAAUCACGUGAGUUUGGGGCGGGGCUAUCGGUCUGAAUGACCAAUGACAGACAGGGAAAUAAUCAUGCAAUGUGGCCGUGUUCAGAACAGCAUACUAUCAUACUGCAGUAUACAGCACACAUACUGUACUGCAUGCGUGCAAAACAAAAUGCAUUGUGCUUUCUCCUGACAAUGCAAAAUAAAUUUAGAUUUUUAUUUCCGUGCAAUGAUGCAUACUAUCGAUUGAAACACUUAUUGUGGAAUAAUUGACCUACAUUUUUAAUGUAAUAUAUUUAUGUUUUUAAUAUAUGUUACUAUGAA